UUCAUGAUCCAUAAAUAACACUCCAAAUCAUCAAUCUCUACUACUGAUCCUGAGAGAGAUAGUGGAAAGAACAUCAACGGCUUCAAAACCCACCUUCUUCUCUCUCAUCUGAUCCACCGGCACCGUCGACGACAUGUCAAAGGAAUGCGUUCACCAUAGCAAGAAACGGCCAAAGCUAAUCCGGCGAAUCUACGCCGGAAUCCUUAUUUUCCUCUUCCUCGUCCUCCUCACAAUCCUCCUAAUUUGGGCCAUUCUUCAGCCUACAAAGCCCAAAUUCAUCAUCCAAGACGCCACCGUCUUCCUCUUCAAUGUCACCGCCGCUAACUUCAUCUCCUCCAGUAUCCAAGUCACCGUAUCCUCCCGGAACCCUAACGACAAGAUCGGAGUCUAUUACGACCGCCUCGACGUCUACGCCGUUUACCGGAACCAACAGAUCACUCUUCGUACAGUCAUUCAACCUACCUACCAAGGCCACAACGAUCUCAAUAUCUGGUCUCCAUUCCUCGUCGGUAACGACGUUCCGAUCUCUCCGUACAACGGCGCCGCUCUGAAUCAGGAUCAGGCCGUUGGUACCGUCCAGUUGUCGAUCAAACUUGACGGUCGCGUCCGAUUCAAGGUCGGUACCUUCAUCUCCGGCCGCUACCAUCUCAAUGUAGACUGUCCGGCGGCAAUCAUGUUCGGAAAUCCUACCGCCGGUAUUAUCGUCGGUAAUAACGCCGUUAAAUAUCAGUUGGUGCGGCCGUGCAGCGUCAGUGUAUAAGCUCCGUUAUUGCCGUCAGAAUUCUUGCUCUCCGUUCUCUCUCUUAACGCCGUUAGUUUCGAUUUUUCUCCGUCUUUUUUUUUUUAUUUUUUUUUUUUAAAAUUUAGACGAUACGUUGGGAUAAAGAGUCUAUGAAUUGUAAAUUUUUCCAAAGAAUAAAAAGUGAAAAUAAUAUAGUAAUUAAAAUUAUUAAUGUGAAUUUGUAUAAAAGAGAGCAAAAAUUUAAAGGUCGGUGGCAAAUUGUGUAAUUUUGUGUUAAAAGUUGUAUUUAAUAUUUAUAAUGGAAAAAUUUUAAUAUAAUGUUUUAAA